GACCGGUGCUGGGCCGGGCGGUGAGGCCAUGGGGGCUGCAGAGAUGGGCUGGGCUGCGCUGCUGCUCCUGCUCUGCCUCACUCGUGCCAGCCUGCAAGGGGGGCUGAAGCCGCAGGUGCCGGGGGCGCUGGGGCGCCUCUACCUGCCCUCUCUGCUCCGUGGAAAGGUCCCCGUCUAUGCCCCCUACGGACUCCAGCCUGGCCCAGUGGUGCAGAACGGCUUCAGCAUCGGCCUGGGUGUCCCGGCCAAGCUGGGCAAAGCUGGAUUUGGUGCGUAUGCACAAGUUGUAAAACAGAAACCAGGACCCGGGGCUGGCCCCGGCUUGGGAGGAUACCCCGGGGGGGUGAUACAACCAGGGUACCCUGCAGCAGGUGGGGGCUUCCCUGUGAAUGGAGAAAGGCAACCAGCCUAUGCCAAUGGCUACGGAGGAGGUGGAGCAGGUGGCAACGGCUACCCAGGGCCAGGGCCGCAGCCGGGAUAUAGCAAUGGUGCCCCGGGGCCUUUUGGGGGCCGGGUUGGAGGCCCUGGUGCAGAGCCGUCAGCUGCUAAAUAUGGUCUGGGGCAAGGACCCUACAUGGUGGUGCCGGUGGGGCUGGGUGCGGACUUCAAUGCGGGCAAGCUGGGUGGUUCAGGACAGGCAACGUUCAGGGCACAGCCUGCCGGGUUGGAGGCCAAUGGCAACGGACUGGGAUACCUGAAUGGGGGAGAUCUCCAGGCCAAUGGAAUGGCUCCAGGUGCCUACGGACCCAUCUCCGUGGGGCCGGCCCUUGGUGGGUAUGGCCCGGUGCCUGCUGCCCUCGCCCCAGGGGCAUAUGGGCAAGACGGGGGGGUGACGGGAGCUUUCCCUCUCAUAGGUGGGAAGGAGUUCAAGUAUGGCCUAAACGGCUUCCUGGGCAAUGGCUACCGAGCCCGCUGCCCAGCUGGGAAGUGUUGAGUCCUGGGUGCCAGUUGUUUGCCGCAGGGGGACCCACCUUGCCACAUCUGGUGCUACGUGUGGUGCUACGAGGGAAAGAAAUUAUCCCGCUAUAACUUAUCGUCUCGUUGGGAUUUUUUAAUGGAUUCUUACAUGUUAAAAACCUGCAAUUUUGGGGGGUUUGUCAUCCUAGGCUUGUCACCCCCCCCUCCGCCCUCUGGGGAAAAAGGGGUGUCCACAAGGGAGUAGGAAGUGUGUUGCGGGUACCUGUAUCUGCCCCCUCUCUGCUGACAGCAGGAGGUGAGUGUGUCGGCAAUAAAAAGCCCCUCAAAGA